AUGACAGAAUCAGUCCCUGGCCGUGGCGGCCCGACUCAAGAAGCUCAAUGCUACAACUGCGGCUCCUCAGGACAUUGGGCUGUCGCCUGUCCCGAGCCUACGCGAGAAACCCCAGCCGGACUGGCCGCCUGGAGAAACUCAUCCAACGUCGGCCGAGGAGGCGGCAAGGGCCAUGCCUACAAUUCCGCUUCGAAGAGAUCAAAGGGGCCCAUCAUCACCAAGUACACGCCGCCGCCGCCGCCCCAGCCCUCGUUCGGCUCGGCCAUCAGUCCCUAUGCGCCGCACCCUCCUGGCCCUCCUGGCCCUCCUGGCCCUCCUGGCCCUCCUGGCCCUCAUCAACCUCCGGCUCCCUAUCCGGGACCCAGCCGCCAAUUCCAGCCCUAUGCAAUUCCGCCUCCCCCGUUGCCUGCUGGCUACCCUCAGCCGGCCUAUCCUUACCACCUGCCCCCGAUCAGUCACCCUCUCCCACCCAAACCGCCGCCGAGCCACGACCAAGUUCAUCCACAGCGCGACUACAAAAGUAAGCGAAAAUACGAGCGCCAGCAUCACCAGGACAAGCGACACAAGGGCUUCCGGCCUGCCCCGCCUCAACCCAGUUCCCACUUGAGCCCUCGUCACAACGCCUACAACUCGGAACCCCCCGCCGACCGUCCGCCGCCAGGCAACUCGCCCGCACACGGGCGGUUCGAUCAACGAGAAAGUGGAACGCCUCUUCCCAGGGAGACGCGUUCUGUGCCUUGCUCGCCUGAGAAAGAGACAGGGCUGGUAGAAGCAGACGGCGUGCCAGCCAAGAUCCAGGGCAAAAGCAGCACCGAUUGUGACGCUGUCCCUGAUGACUCGGUGGCCAAGACAAGUGACUCGGCAAAUGCUGAGCAGGAAACAAGGCCUCAGUCUCUUGAUGGAAGCAACCAAACACAACCCGAGGCUGCCGGAGAACAUCUGUCUUUACCACCCAGGGCAGACGCGAGUGGCAACGCCCCAGACUUUGGAACCGAUGGCGAAGCCAUAAACUCCCCGCUGCCUAGCGAUGACCAAGAAGACGGAGAAGUCUCCAGCGACGAAGCCGGACCGAACCCUGUCCUGAAUUCCCGGGCUCUAAGCGAGGGGAGAUGGAAAUCGCCUACGCCUCCGACUGACGUCCGGUGGAGACGGAAACGCGAGCACAGUGAUGAGUCGGACGACGAUGAGACAAGCCCCAAGAGGCCAAAGCCAAGCGGCUCAGCCGACAGCGUUAAGGAUAGAGCCCUUGAGGACGAUGGUGUCAAUGACAGUCUUUGGGACUCGCUCGACGUUCCGAGACAAGCCGACCGGAAGCGCCGGGGCUCCACCGCGUCUCGUGGAUCUCGGCACUCGAGCGUGUCCAGCAAAUCCUCGGAUCUGAAUUCUCUCGAGGCAGAGCUCCUGGGCCGGCCAAAGAACCAGAGACAGCCGGAGCCCAGCCCGCCCUCGCACCAACGCCUGGAACGGAGGACUCCGCCAAAGCCCAAGCGUCGGCAGAACAAUACCAACUCAGCGUAUAGGUAA